CUGCCCUCCCCGGGCUUGCAGGCAAGCCCAACGGCGGGCAGGGCCCGGCCAGCCAGGCCGCGGCCACCCCCGAGGCAGCCGCGCUCCCCGCCGGCUCCCGGCCAGGGCGGCGGCCGCAGGCUCCGGGCCCCGCCGCCCCCGCCCCCGCCGCUGGCGGACGGCGCCUACUCGCCGCUCCGCCCCCAGGCGGGCCCCGACCCUCCCGGCGCGGCUGUGCGCGGUGCGGGGCAGAGGGGCGCAGGGCCCGCUCUGGUCCAGUCCGGUCCGGUCCGGUCCGGUCCAGUCCAGUCCGGUCCGGCCCAGCGCGGGAGCGGCGCGCGCUGCGCCGGGCGGGGAGGGGGAGCGGGGCGCUGUGCCCGGCGCCGGCCGCGCCGUCCCGCCGGAGCGAGAUGUGCGCGUGCUGCCUGCUGCUGCUGCUGCUGCUGCUGCUGGCCUGGGGACCCGGCGCGGCCGGAGCGCCGAGCGCCAUCAUAGCGCAAACCCUUGCUCCUUGCUACUCUGCUGACCUACAGCCAGCGUCAGGCAGACUCAUCUCGGCGGUCAGCUGCACCGUGCUUCUGGCAGUCCCGCCGCUGAACGCCAGCGCCGUUGUGUUCUGGGAGUAUAAAAACGGCCCUCACGAAGAAAUCAUCCUCAAGUAUUAUCUCAAUAAGCCUGUAAAUACUGCUGCUUCCUACAAGAACCGUACAAAGUUCAACGAAACGGAUUUCUCCCUGCAAAUGGUGCUGCAGCGAGGGGACAGCGGAACCUACCGCUUCAGAACGGAGUCACAGGAAACGGACUGGUUCCAACUGGAAGUUAUUGAACCACUGCCUGCGCCAGAAAUCGUGGGCAACUCCUCUGUGAAAGCAGGAGGCAGCAUUAAACUGGUCUGCAACAUCCCGGAGGGGAAGGCAGACUCCUACUGGUGGAAGAAGAAUGGGGAGCUGCUGCUUGGGAGUGACCAUUUCCAGUUUGUUCGAAACAACACGUUGCACAUCAUUGAAGCGACAAUGAACGACAGCGGCUACUAUGCUUGUGUGGUCCGCAACAAAGUGAGCCAGAAUGAAACCUCCUUCCUGCUUCGUGUUCAGAACGCUGCAAAUAUGGUCUUACCUGUGAUGAUGGCAUGCGUUAUCGUUGGCUCUCUAAUAGGUGUUCUCGUCUGGUGUAGGAGGAGGGGCCGCUUUCGUCACUGUGUCCGUAGGUGGAGGGCCUGAGUGACUGCACCUUGCUCCCUUCCUCUCACGUAGGUGAUGGAUGCUAACCAGGGAGCACUGGCCACCUGCCAUCAUGCACAGCAGUCUGAUGCUGUCCCAGUCUCUUCCAGGCUCGCUUAUUAAUUGUUCAAGCUGCUAAAACCCACAGAUCCUUGCAGGACUUGUUUUACGAACAACACUGGCUUGGACUCCAUCUUCAUUGUCCUGUCCUUCCCAAGGCUCCUUGCACAUCUUUGGGGGAGAGGUAGGCAUGGCCUUCUCUGGAACACUGUCUGCUGCUUUUCUCCAGGCCUCGUUACCUUUCCUGGCUUUCUCCAAAGGCUGUGGGGGCACUUGGAGAGGGGCUGAUGGUUGUGGAUAGAGCUACCUGGCUGGGCAAACACAUGGCUCUGGAGGUUGCUGGAGAGUGACCGCAGGUGUUCUGCUACUCCUUGAUGGGAGACUCAAUGAGACUUGAAAUCCCUCACUGUGGCCUCAAUACCUCCUGGUGUGCUGCUGUUUUGGGGCACUUGGGGACUUGCUGGUGUGUCUUGGGGCUGAGAUCGUGGGGCUUCUUUUGUGUUUGGCCCUUGGAGGGAGGAGAAAAGGCAGGUUUUUGCUGUCACAUGCAUUAGGGAGUUCCAGGAGAUGAGUGGAGCCAGUUGAAGUCCACAAAGGAUGGAGGAGUGGCAUGUUAAUGGAUAUGACCUACAAUGUAGUUUUGUUUUGAAAAACAAACCCCGAAGAAAUUCUGACAACCAGCUGCUUUAGAGCAGCAGUGCAGCCUGACAUGUGCAUGCGAGACACAGGUAUGCUCCUAAGCCUGUCUCCCCUGUUCCCCCAGCCUUGGACUCAGGAAGGAUCUGAGGAUGUGCCCUCAUCUUCUGAGGGUUAGCACGUGGGUUGUACUUGUGACAGUGCAGACUUGUUCCUCCCUUUUGCCACUCCUGCGGGAGAUGAUGGUUGUGAUCUGAUUUGAUAUGGCCAGGGGCAACCCUUCUUUCCAGUCCCAAACUCCUGUCCAUGUCCCUUCCCCAUGCGCCUUCUGUGGAGCUCUUCUGGGCUCUGCUUAUAAAAAUGAUUGUUAUAACUGAAAUUACUUAGUUGGGGGCAUGGCCUUUCUCUCUCAGCACUGACAUCUUCACCCUGGAGAAAACUGGAUGCUUUCCUGGGAGCACUAGGUCUUGCUAAGUGCCUUUCUGAGUGUCAAGCUGGGCAGUUUGCACCCAUCUCUCAUUCUGACAGGGAGCCCCAGCAAGGCCAGCACCCUCUCUGAGCUGCUCCCCAGGCCCUUGGUGGAGUCAGCCAUUCUGAGUACUCUAGUCUAGCUACCGGACGAUCACUUCUCUCCUAGAGUGGGGCAGCUGAUGGCUUGAGGACCUCUUUCCUGUUGGCCUGCAGGCAGAAGGGGAACAGGUUUCUCCAAGUGGCUUCCAGGCUCUGCCCUGGGGUUGCUGGACCAGCCUGAUGCUCCUGUGUGCAGUUUCUCUAGCUCCUUCAGAGAUACAGUUCAGCUCUACAUAGCCAGAGGAAGAGAAAUCCCCAGCAGAGAAAUACCUCAGUAUGGUUCCUAGCAGAGAAAGAGUUGUCCUGGCCUCGUCGCAUUUACUUGCUGCAAGAGAGGAGACAGGAGAGUUGAGCUGUGCUUUCUUUGGUGUUUUGUUCAUGUAGGUGGUUUUUGUCUCCUGGUUGUUGUGAUUGGAUUUUGAAAGCAAUUUCUGAAUAUUUAGCAUUGUCCAAAGAAAACACUAAAGCAGUCAGCAAAUGGAGAGAGAUGAGGGUUGAUUUUACUGUAGUUUGUGUUUUGCCUGUAGACCAUAACUCACUUCUACAGAAAAGGGCAUUCCCAGCGACCUGGGAGCUCCGAGUUUCACACUCUGUUCCGAAUUCUGCCUUCUCUUUGGAGAAGAGUUGACCUGUUGGCUAUUUCUAGGAAAAUCCUUUGAAAUGUAAGUUAAAGCUGACAUGCACAAAAGCAAAAUUUCUGUGAAGCUGGUUUGAAAAAAAAAAAAGUUGGAAAUUAUUUGGUUGUUUGUUUGUUGCUGAAGAGUUCUGGUCACAUUUGUGCUUUUUACUCUGCGGGAGAAUAAACUAACUCAUGACUUGACUUUUUUGGGCUCUACCUACUUUGUCACUGUGCCAGUGCACUAGCCUGAAAAAGGAUGUAGCUGAGUCCUGUGCACAUCAGCCCCAGGGAAAUAUUAAAUAUAUGAAAGGGGCUGGCAACAAAGGGCCAUCUCUCAGCCUGGAAUUAUGUUACAAUUAAAUUAUUAAAGGAAGCGAAGCAGGUUGCAAGGAUUAAACCAAAUUUGGUUUUAAGCUGUAAUACGGAUUGUUCCCUGUUUUACUUGCAAACAAAUACAGCCAAAUGUUUGACAAAAUAUAUUUUUUUAACUUUUCUGAAAGUUGUCUGUAAAUCGUUUUGGAGAGGUUGUUUUUUAAUGGUCUUUUACUGCUAAUAAAAGUACAUACGUUA